AUGUCUUACUUAUUUCUUCUUCUUCUUCUUUUUCUUUUAUUUUCAAUCAACAAAAUCAAAUCUGAAUGUCCACCAACAACAAAAUCAAUUGAACAUCUUAUUAAUAAUGGACAUAUUCCUGGAAUUGCAAUUAUUGUUACUAAUCGAAAAGAAAUUCUCUAUCAACAAGCAAUUGGAUAUCAUUCACCUAAACAAUCUCAAUUAGUAAAUAUUUCAUCAUCAAUAUUUCCAUUAGGAUCAAUUUCCAAAACAUUUAUUGCUUUAUCAAUAAUGCAAAUGGUUGAAUUAAAUCAAAUUAAUCUCGAUAAGAAUAUUAAUGAAUAUUUAUUACCUUUAAUGAAAAUAAAUCAUCCUGAUUAUCCUAACACAACAAUAACUAUUCGACAUUUAUUAUCACAUACAUCUGGUAUUGGACCAAAUUUUAUUGAAGAAUUAAAACAUUAUUCUUUUGGUGAUCAUUUUAUUCAAACAAAUCUUGGUGAUGUUCUUGAAAAAUAUUUAAAUGAUAAAUCAAGUUGGUUACCUAUAUCACCUGGUAAUAUAACACUCUAUUCAAAUAUUGGCGCAACUUUAGCAGCAUUUAUUGUUGAACGUGUUUCUGGUAUAUCUUUUGAAAAAUAUGUACAAACAAAUAUAUUAAAACCAUUAAAUAUUGAUGAAAACAAAGGUAGUUAUCGUAUAAAUCAUUUUAAAGAAGAUCCAAAUAAUCUUAUUGAUCAUUUUAUAUAUAAUAUAUCAUGGCUUGAAACUUAUCAACAAAUGGUACCACAAUUAAAUAUUUCUCAAGCAGAUAAUAUUUCAAAUUGGUUAUAUAUACCAUUAUUUGGUUCAAGUGUAUAUCCAUCGGGUUUUUUACGCAUGUCAACGUAUUCAUUAUGUUUAUAUAUUCAAUCAUUUCUUAAUCAUUUUCCUGAUCUUUUAUAUAAUUCAUCUUCUAUUGAUGAAAUGCUGCGUAUUUUGCCACAAGAAAGUUAUAUGAAUGUAUCAGAUCUUAAAUUUGGUCUUAUAUGGAAUUGGAAAAUUCAAAAUGGUCGUCGAUUAAUUGGACAUGAUGGAUCAUUACCUGGUAUUGCUAAUUCAAUAAGAAUAAAUGAAAAACGAAAUUUAGCUGUUAUGAUAUUAACUAAUGGAGAUAUUACUAGAGAUGAUAAACAAGCAAAAUAUGUUCAACAAAUAAUAAAUCAAUUAUUAGAUCAAUUAUUCGAUUGCUUUGAUUUACCUUUAAAUAAAUCUUCAUUUCACAAUUAUUCAAUAUCAAUAAUCAUUUUUUCACUUUUUAUUUAUUUAUUUUAUUAA